AUGUGGAAUAAAGGUCGAGUAAUUGUGAAGAUGAAAAUAUUUUCAUGAUAAGUUCGUGUUUCAGAAAACGAUGAAGCCGGAUCGAGCACCAACCCCGAAAUUCCACCAGAACUCGCGAUGCACACGGUGGUUCCGCUGACGACGUGUCCUCAUUUGGAGCAGGUAUUUCAAAAUAACAAUGAGGCUCUUCGUUCCGCGAUAGCCUUUCACGGUGUUUUUAAUAAAUACUUGGCUUUUAUUUUGAACCAAUUUAGAAACUAUUCAAAGAUUAACAACAAAAAAAUAGGCCGAAACUUAGAGGUUUCACUUUCCAUGCGGUACUUUCUGUUCCAAGUUAGCGACGAAUGAAUAACACUCCUAUUAGAGACCUAUUCUGCAAACUUUCAACUUUGGACCAAAAUGUUUCGGGUCUGAAGAAUUCGGACCUGAAGCGUUGAUAUCUAUCAUACUCCUUGACUGAAGCUGUAGUCCAUUAAAACUUUCUCAACCUUUGUAGGUUCAAAAUGAGAUGUCGGGGCAGAUUUUCUUGAACUGUAAGAUGAAUCUUUCCAAAAAAAAAAAUAAUAAAGAAUUUUUCAUCGAGGAUAACAAAGAAAAUCCGUAAAAAAAUUAAACCUUUUGAGACUUCUAAAAGUUCAAGAAUGGUAUUCAAAGGAAAAAGAGUAUGCAAAUUUCCAGGUUCAACCUCUACCCGAAAUCGGAAUCGAUGCGCAUAGCGUUUGUACAGCGUGUCAUCUUGGCGCUGAGCCGUGGUUGUGUCUGACUUGCUACAGGGUCUCUUCACGAUUCAGGGAAAUGGAGGGGACAGUGACACGUUGCAGGCUCAGUGUGGACGGUACGUGCACGAGCAUGCGCUCCUCCAUCAUCUGGAGACGGCGCAUCCGAUGGCGUUGUCCCUGGCCGACCUCUCAGUCUGGUGCUAUCCCUGCGAGGCCUACGUCCACAACGAAGUGCUCAUACCGGCCAAGUCGUCGGCCCACGAAAGCAAGUUCGGCGAGCGUAUGCCUUUUUGA